AUGAGAUUAUCUAGUUUAGUACUGUGGACAACAUUAAGUGCAUUUGUCGUGGCAAAUCAACAACAAGGUGUCUUUAACUUCGACAAGUGGACUCAGGAUGACCUUAAGGAGUAUAUCAAUGAUCAUACUCAGGACUUAAACAAGAUCACCUCAAAGUCACUAAAGGAAUUGAAGAAUGACGCUUCUGAAUUGUGGAGUAAGCAUGCUCAACCAAAACCAUGGUGGCAAUUCUGGAAAGAUGACAAGUAUGCUUUCCCUUGGACCACCAGGGCAAACAGUGGAAGUAUCUCUGACUGGUUUUUUGACACUUGGUCAACAGAUAGCUUACGCAAUUUCUUAAAGGAACAUGGCAUGCAAAGUACCGCAGAAGAUACAAGAGAUAUAAUGAUUGACAAAAUUAAAGCUAACUUUCAUAAGAUCUCUAAAGAAAUGAAGAGCUCUGGUCUAUAUCCUUCCAAUUCAUACUUCAACACAUGGACUAACAACGAUUUGAUCAAUUGGUUAAAUAAAUAUAAGGUCAAGUUUGACCACAAGGCCGUUAAAUCGAGAAAUGACCUAGUAAGAACGGUUAAAAACAACAUGAAUUAUGUGUCAAAUUACGUAGAUGAACAAAGAUUGAAUCUUUUGAAUGAUUUAGACUUCGCCAAUAAAGAUUUCAAGAUCAAAGCUAAUGAAGUUAGUAAUGACGUCUUUGACACUUGGUCUACCAGAGAUUUGGAAAAAUGGCUCUCAAGUCAUGAAGUAGAAAUGGAAGAUAAAAUGAUUAAUUCUCGUGAUUAUUUAAUGGAACAAGCGAACAAGAAUAAAGCAUUGUUGAAGGAUGACAUAAAGUGGUACCUACAUGCAAUGAAAAAGAAGGCUUCCACUCCAGUAAUCGGUGGUAACAGAGAUUCACCAAAGAACUUUUUGAAUUCUCUAUGGCAAAAAACGGCAAGCCUCAUGAACAGGACAAAAUCAAAGACAGACCAAGUGAUUAAUGACACUUUCUUAAUUGGCAUUGAAAACUGGUCUAAGAACAAAUUAAAGGAAUUUUUAGAUAUGCGUGACGUGAAAUAUCCAUAUUUUGCAACCAAAAGAGAAUUGAUUGAUUUGGCUAAGAAUUACAGAAACAAGCCGUUGGAUGAGUUUAAGAGAAGUUCCAUGGAGUCCUUAAAUGAAUUGAGAGGUUGGGCAAGUGAGAAGAAGGAAGAGGUGAAAGACACCAAGGCCUACGAUAAAGUGAGUGGAAAAAUGCAGGAUCUCAAUGAAGAAGCAGCAAACUUAAAGGAAGGUUUUAAUGAGAAGGUUAAUGCUGCCUUCCAAAAAUGGUCCGAAGCUGACUUAAAGGACUAUUUGAAGGGCUACGGAAUCAAUGUUGACGAAGCUGCACAAUCUAAGGAUGAUUUGAUCAAGAAGGCAAAGGAAAACACUCAAUGGUUUUUCGGCUAUUAUGAAGAACCAACUCACAGGAAAUUGUUACGUAAAGCCAAAAAUUUUGCUAGACACAUUUACUUCUCUGUAUUUGGCUACUAG